ACAGCCUGCGCUGCGCAGCGUCGUCCCCUUCUCCUCUUCUACGCUGCCCCAAAUCAUCCCGCCUGCUCGGUUCAAACCUCAAACCCCAAAGGUGGUCGCCGCCUCCGCCGCAGCCGCCUCAUCCGGAUCCCGCCGGCGCUGGGGAGGCCUUUCCUCUUCGCCGCAGAUCUGGACGGGGAACGCUAGGGUUUCCGCCGCUCGCAUUCUCCCUUCUUAAACCCUACAAUCUCUCGGACCGGAGGGCCUCCCGGACGCCGGCGACUCCCCGCCCCACAUCUCGCUCUCGGAGAACCACUCCAGCGACGGCGGCCUGCCUCUCCCGGGGACCGGCUGCCGCCCCAUCCUCCCUCGCCGCCAGAUCGACGGCAAUCCCGUCUUUCUUGCUCCUUCCUCUCCGGCCUCGGCAGAUCGACGCGGGUGGCGACCCUCUCGCCCGGCCCUCCCGAGCCCGGUUGUCAUGGCUGCAAGAAAGGAUAAUCCAGUCCUUAUUGCUUGCCAAGCACCCAGUGGCCGUGUCACUCGAGCUCAAGCUGCUAAUAACCGUGGAAGGUUUGGAGUGGCUCACCCUGCACCAGUACCUGUCAGAAAACCGCCGGCAAAAACAAAUGCGAAAAGGGGAGCUUUGGAUGAGAAUGCUUGUGCAAGUGCUGUAACAUCAGCUCCACAGCCUAAAAGGCGAGCAGUGCUCAGGGAUGUGACAAACAUAAGCUGUGCAAACUCAUACAAAAAUUGCACUGCUGCGACUAAGCUGCAGUCAAAGCCACCCCAAAAGGUGGCACGAAUGCCGAGCAAGAACAAGCAGUGUGCAAAGAAGGCUCCUAAACCACCCCUUCCUGCUGUUAGUGAAGCUUCAUUUGUUAAUGAUUCUGAGGAAGCUCAGAAGGGAGAGCUUUUUGCACCAAAAGAGGAGCCCACUGCUUUGCUCGAAAUUAAGGGGUCAUUGUCAUUACAAAAUAUUGAAUGGAACAGGUUGAGUGGGUUUCAUGAGGCAUUCUUUCAGGGAAGGAACACAAGGGAUAAAUCUGAAACUGCGGACUCAAAGAAUGGGAACUAUGCUGGUUUAAAUAUUAUAGAUAUUGACAAAGAUAAUGGCAAUCCACAAAUGUGUGCUUCCUACGUUGCAGAGAUAUACGCAAACUUAAUGGCCUCAGAGCUUAUAAGAAGACCUAAAUCGAAUUACAUGGAGACUUUGCAAAAGGACAUUACAAAGGGGAUGCGAGGGAUUCUGAUUGAUUGGCUUGUUGAGGUUUCCGAAGAAUAUAAGCUCGUGCCAGACACGCUGUACCUCACUGUAUAUCUUAUUGAUAUAUUUCUCUCCAGGAAAUAUAUUGAGAGACAAAAACUUCAACUUCUUGGGAUAACUAGCAUGCUCAUUGCCUCGAAAUAUGAAGAGAUCUGUGCACCUCGUGUUGAAGAAUUUUGUUUCAUAACUGAUAAUACAUAUACAAAAGCUGAGGUGCUGAAAAUGGAGUGCCAAGUGCUUAAUGAUCUAGGAUUUCAUCUUUCUGUUCCUACAACAAAAACAUUUCUCAGGAGAUUCCUUAGAGCAGCACAGGCUUCUCACAAAGCUCCUUCUGUAACUUUGGGUUAUCUGGCUAAUUAUCUUGCGGAGUUGACUUUGACCGAUUACAGUUUCCUGAGAUUUCUCCCUUCAGUGGUGGCAGCUUCUGCAGUCUUUCUUGCAAGAUGGACCCUUGACCAAUCAGACCUUCCAUGGAACUAUACUCUGGAGCAUUACACCUCAUACAAAAGUUCUGAUAUUCAAAUGUGCGUAUGCGCUCUACGGGAACUGCAGGGCAACACCAGUGGAUGCCCCCUCAAUGCUAUACGUGAAAAGUAUAGGCACGAAAAGUUUGAAGGUGUAGCCAACAUGUUGUCACCGGAACUGAGUCAGUCGCUCUUUAGUAUACAAGCUAACGACAUCAAUCCCCUGCUGAUUGACAACUAUUAGCAGCAUCAAUCUCCUGACAAUUGUGUCGCCCACAUUUCGAAGUUCUUGUGGCACCGCUCCCAUCCCAUUCAAUCCCCUUGAUCUGGUUGUGUUGUGUUGUGUUGUGUUGUCCCCCGAGCUGGUGUUGUUUUUCUGACCUUUUUCGAGUCGUGCAGUAGUACGUGAUGACUCGCAUAAAUAUUGUUUGGCUUGUAGGCUUCUGAUGCCUUGUAUGAUGGCCCUAUCUGUAUAAUAACCCAUUGCUGCUUGAUUUAACGUAGAUUGUGUCGGAAUGAUUAUUUUUCAGAGUGUAGUGCAAUGCUCUUAAGAUUGAAAGAGCACUAGAAUCCAGGAUGAUGUAACCUGUUAUGAAUCCAGGAUGAUGUAACCUGCUUCAUGCAAUUCAUACUUGGUUUGUAAA